AUGUCCGUGGUUCAGGAACACUGGAGCCUUUGUCGACACGCAAGGGACGCAGGCGGCACCACAGGCCGUGUAUUGAGUUUGAUGUCUUUGAUGACGAUGACGGCCAUAAGCGUGGACAGACUUCUCGCCCUGAUGUUGGGACUGAGAUACGAACAAAUUGUCACUUUGAAGCGCGCGUAUAUUAUUGUAACUACCUUUUGGGUUUUUACCCUUGUGGUCUCUUUAAGUGGAUUAUUUUAUCACCGUAUAAUCUUUCAGUACAGCUCCCUAGUUAUAUCAUUUUGCCUGGUAAUAUCAUUCGCAUCGUACACAAAGAUUUUUCGCACUCUCAGAUAUCAUCAAGCACAAGUAGGAGAUCAACAACAGCCGAGCCAAACAAAUGCACUGAACACGGCGCGAUUCAGAAAGGCAGUAUACAGUGCACUGUGGGUGCAGUUGGCAUUAGUUGUUUGUUAUGCACCACUAUGUACAGUGAAUAUUGUGAUCGCUCAUACCAAAAAAUAUUCAUUUCUCUUAUUCGUCAUAUAUAAAGUAGCAAUUAUUUUACUUUGCUUCAACUCGACGUUAAACCCGUUCCUAUACUGCUGGAAGAUUAGUGAAGUGAGACAAGCAGUGAAGCACACAGUUAGACAAGCACUUUGCUGAGUUAGGUCUUCCUCGAGUUCUUCAAACUUUCAAAGCAAACUCAUUAAGUCAUGAUUAUUAUUAGAGAGCAGUCGUUAAAUACGUUUUUGAAUAAAAGUAAAUAAGUGGCUCAAUAGAAUAGUUGCACAGGCUGUUGUCGAAAGUCUUUAUAUCUCUGAGAAAAAUUUAGCGACAGACUAGGUAACCGUAGCUAUGUGUUUUCAAAAAUAUGGUUUCUUGCCGCUAUGCUAAAAUACAAGAUGUCAUAAUCGAAGAAAAGAUAUGCAAACAUUUUACUUUCAUGUUUUCUCCUCUUAGCAAUAUGAAGGCAUCAGAUAAAACUUCGAAGAGUAGUUUAAGAGAUGUGUUUGAGGCCGAUGUUGUGUGUUUCGAGAAAACUAUUUCGACUCAUUUUUCCUGUAAUUAAAAGAAAGCGCUUGACGUUGAUGUUGACGCCAUAUUGCCAAAAGAGACAGUCCAGUUUAAGUCUAGAAUUUGUUUGUUUUGUGAUCAGAAAAUUAUCCGUAAAGCUUAUGUGAAGAAGUUUCUGUUACUUGUAUUUUUAACUGAAAGUUACGAAAGUGUAUGAAAUAAAAUUGAUCAUCUCUGUUUGUUAUGGAAUUUUUUUUACAGAUCGAUCGAUGUGCCGAAGUUAUAUUGGCAACGGCGAAAAACAAGUUUCGUAUUAUUGUAUAGAGGUCACCAUAUGUUCAGUUUCUUACUGGUGUAUCUUUAGGUUGUCUCUGAGUUCUACGAAUUUUAUUUCCUCCAUUUCCGAGUGAUUAACUGCUGUCCCAAAGUUCCUCAAAUGUUUUUUUUUUCGUUUUCAAAGCUUUAUUAUGAGCUCAGAAUUUGCUUCAAUACUAUACCAUCUAAUUAUCGGCCUAAAAACGACAUGUUUACUUCACCCAUUAAAGAAGUGAUAAAAUAGAUCUUUUAAGACCUAGGAGUCUCAUAUCGCAUUGUAAAAUAAAAAAAUAUAGCCCAUGUCUUUGUGUUUGUCAAGGAAAUUCCCUUUCAAUGCUAAUUUGAAUUAAACUGAAACGUUAUCUAGUAAAAUCAACAGCUGGUUGCGACAAACAUCUUUUUGUUUGAUUAGUUUUAAAGCUACCGUCGCUGUACUGAAAAAGAAAAUUCCCUGUGAAAGAACUCUUUCUGAGGAAGGAUUGACGCAUCUCUUAGCAAUUAAUUAAGUCAUUCAUCUAGUUUUUCUGUCAGCUAGUCUUUGCAUCUUUGGCCUUACAUCCUCAAACUUAUUCAAUUCGCAUUGAAGCCAUAAUAUUGAGUGCCUUCUCGCAAGCUAAAUAAAGCGGGGUUGUUUGUUGCAACAUGAAACAAUAAUUUUAAAGAUGUCUUUGAAUAGUUGCCUCUUAUUCAUAUUUCAUACGUGAUGUACAUGACAAGUUAAGCACAAAAAAAAGCUUUUUGACACAGCGAACAAUUUCCUGACGUAUUUCAAACGUAUAAACAAUAGUGAGAAGGUUUUCAUUUGAAAUGUUACGUAGGAAAUAAGGUUUCAGGGAUCGCUCUUGUGCAAUUGGUGUUAACUAAAAUGAAAUAUUUUUCUGGAUGCUAUCACAGAUUAACUCAUGGCAAGAAUAUUGUCAACUUUUGAAAUAUUUGAUAUAUCCAGUUUAAUGCUGGUCUGUGUUUUCUUCAAGUUUUAUUGAUCUUAUGUCUCCCAACCCGAGUGAUUAAUUAUUCCUAACUUUCGCUUCUUUUUCCUUGAACUCGUUCCAUGACGCUUUUUAGGAAUUCAGAAUUCACCACAAUACAGGGAUAAUCUUUGCACUUAAUUACCGGUCCAAAAGAAUGACAGUAUAUUUAAAUAUACCGUUGAAACCGCUUAUGCUGUCAUUCAAAAACUGACAAAAGAGAAUUUCCUUACCAUAUCGUCAAACAGAAAUAUUACUGACCGAUGUCUGUGUGCUUGCUAAAGGAAUUAACUUUAAAAGAAGAAAAAUUGUAGAUCGAAAAUGACAAAUGUAAAGUUGGAAUAAAAAUUGGCAUCAAAGGAAAAGAAAUUUUUUUUGGUACCCGAUGGAACUCUGGGAUUAAAACGAUACCGAGCGCGUAGUGCCAUCAUGGCUGAUGGUUUCUCCGCCUCCUUUAUUUUCAGUUAGCGCCCAUUUCUCUUAUCUUGUUGACCAAAGGGAUGAAGAAAGGAAAUAACAUCGUGGGGCGAAAUAGGCAAAAUAGGCAAAACAGUCUUUGUUAAAAAAAAUCAUCAUAACUUUCCUGACGAAAGUGAAAAAGCUGGUAGAGAACGAGUUUGAAAAAAAUCGAUGGCGCGCGGCAUAACAUCGUGUUACGGUUUUGUUUUUAAUAUCAGUCCGGGGACGAAAAGCGGAAAGAAAAAACCUGUCAUUACAAAUUGAUUCAAACAUUUAAAAAUACGUUUACAUCUGUGACCAAAAUUUACAUUUAAAUUGGUUUAUGCAUUCGCAGAUUGUCUCAAAUCGCACUUUUCUAAGACCAAAUAAAAUCGCGCCAGCUUGAAAUUUUAAUUUCCAAUUUUUCAUGGCUACUAAUGACACAAGUCUGAACUUCACACGAAUAACAUGGACACCAGGUUAGCACCCUAUCAGUGACAGUUGAUCUAGAUAAAAGGAGAUUGUUCGUCGUUCUUUUAAAAGAAUGAUACCACAGAUGUCUCUCCAUUUUCUACUUAUUUCCAUUUCAUACCUGAGGCACUUCAAAGGUUCAAUUUUUGAACACAACUGACAAUUUUCUGACAUAUUUUAAACGAGCAAACACUGAUGAAGAAUUCUCAGUGUGUAUAAAUAUCAUUAUUGAAGUAUGAGGUGUAAUUGAUCGUGGCUGGAUGUGGGCUGUUUAGACGACAUAUUACUCGUUGCAAUCUUAGAUAACCUACAACAAAUUUCAGAGAGUUGGAACACAGACGAAAACAAUUGAAGAACUGCUAUGCUCUCCUCUUUGUUGGUUGGGCUUCAACCAGAAUCAGUUUCAUACCUGAGGCAUCCCACAGCUGCAAAUUUCUGACGCAUUUUAAAUGAUUAAACGCGAGGGAGGAAGUCUAUAUGAAAGGUUUCAGUUAUCAUAGUUCGGCGUGUCCUGCUUAGACGAAAUAUUUCUCGUUGCAAGAACAGGGGAAGCUCCAUAAACUGACCAUGAGACAAUAAUCAUUGUCAAGAACAAGGCUUCUUCUUUUAGAAACUGCAAUAAAAUUUUUGGGCUAUUUAAACCACUAAUUUUUAGAGCGAUUUAUAUAAGAGGCGCGUUACGUGACCAACGUGACUUGCACGUCAUAUUAAGAAAAACAUUACCAAAACACUCGAAUUCCCUCUUAUUUCAUAUAAAAACUUCGAAACAGGUCUCUUUCAUAUUAAAUAUACAUAUGAUUUUCUCCUGAAGCCAAAAAGUCAAGGCAAUCUGGGCAAUCUUCGAUAGUCUAGUAUAUGCAAAUUGCUGGUUUAUGUUGUUACAACGGUCAUAUUCGCAAGUAAUACCAACCCAACGAUAAAAAAAACUUUUUUAACAUCAGAAGGAAUUGCCCAGGCUAUAAUUACACAAAAAGUUACUUUUAGAAGUGGUUUCCAUGUCAAGAGUACGCACUUUAACCCGCUUCACCGUUUUCAAAACUUAUCCAUGCUAGCAUUUCUCGCCACUGCAGUGCGAUCGAUGGUAUGUGAUUGCGUUACACACAGGAAGUCCAUUAAGUGAUGAUACAGAAGAUGACCAACGUUUUUAACAGAACAAGGUUGGUCUAUAAAAUCCUUUCGAUCUAAAACAUGUUUAUGUAAACGUGAGGUUUUCACUGUCAAUUUUUUUUUAUAACAAAGCUUCAAAGGGAUAAUCUUAAGGCAGUUGGAAUAAUGUUGGCGUCCCUCUAUUCCAUGAGUCAUUACUUUCUGAAUACGAAGACUAUAGUCAGUUCCAGCUGGAAAGUUCCUAUUUUUCUUUGCACGUACACGACUUUAUCAGUUCAUUGAUCAGACCAACGUAUGGCGCUUUUCGUGUAGCAGGAAGGGAAUCGAUUUCCAAUUGGAAAUAUGUGCAUAUAUCUUGAAGGAAAGAAAUAAUGAAACGAGUAAGCUUGUUCGUGGCAUACAGUUGACAGAGGUGGUAUGUGUCAUACAAAAUGGGAUGACUAAGCUGGCACUCUUGCAUUAUCUUGUCAUGAGCUGAGGAGUAUGCCAUUUCUUCAUCAAUGGCUGGUACAUCGAUCUCUGCCACCGAUCCGCCUGUUUGAUCUUUACUGCUGACCUUGAGAAAUACGACUUUAUCUGCUGUGGUGAUAAAAACUCGCCAACAGCAAAUCGACGCUCUCCGUUUUCAUUUUUAGCGCGACGCAUAUCACUCGCAACUUGGGAUGGAUCUUCUUUGUAACAAGUCUCCUGGCCAAGUUUGAACUCUUCAUCGAGAUAAUUCUUUUGGUUUUCGUUGAAAUGCUUUGAUUUCUUAGACGCCCUCAGUGACCAGCCUUCCGAAAGUUUAGUCGAGCUUGACAUCAGUGCAGUAAAGCUGGCCAUUUGAGGUUGUGUGCUUGUUCCUUCUGUCAGCUUUUGCACAUAGAGUAUCUUUGCUUUUAUCAAUGAGGGUAGUUUUCUCUUCUGCUAUCCUGAUACUAUUUCUUAUCAAGGUGGCGGUCAGGAUGGUAUUCUGAUGUAUACUCACGUGACUCCCACCGGAACUGAAGUGUAGAUGUUAAAGCAUAAAGCUUUUGAGACUGUUCCAGAGUCAUGCCUCGAUCACCUUUCCGAGAAGACUUCCCAUGUGGAGCCCAAUCCGAUGGACAGGAGCAUUUUUUUUUAAUUGCAUAACCAUCUAGUCCCGAAGUUGUCUUUAUGUCUGGGACAAAUUGAAAGUUCUUUAUGGCUUUCCUCGACUUCAAAUAUCCCUGAAAAAGCGAAGUCGUUUACUUGUUCACUCAGAAUGAUAGAAAUAAAAAGCAAAACAAACAAGCAAACCAACAAACAAACACACAUACACGCACAAACAAAAACAUAAGACAACGAAACAAACAAACGAAAUUUCAUAUCAUGGGAACUUAGUUUGGUGAAGAGGGUGCGCAAUUCAAUACGAGCCCCGGCCCUCCCCCAGACCCAUUUCGUAAAAUAAUGUAAAUAUAAUGGAUCUUAUUUAUAAUAGUUAUAUAAUAUGUGUACUUAUUAAAUAAAUGAAUGAAUGGAUAAAUAAAUAAAUAAAUAAAUGUAAAAAUGAAGGAAUGAAAGAAGGAAGGAAUGGAUGAUAAAUAAAUAAAUAAAUUGUAGACAUGGACCAAUGCUUUAUAUUUCAUGACAACAUAUAAUGCUGUUUAGCAUCCUGUUGUCUUGGAUUCAAGCGUUUACGUGGAUUCAAGAAAUAAAUCUUAAAGCAAAGAUAAAAUCAAGGGCGUUGAACUGUGUCACGAUAUAACCUCAUUGAUCUUAGUGCAAAAUAGAAAAGCAGGACAAAGAGUGAUACAGUAUUUGCCUUUGCUAAACAUUCUUGACAUGUUUGAUAAUGAGAUAAUUUCCUGCUCUGGCGAGAAGAAGAAUGAACUCACUUUUUUCAGCUGAGCAUCAUGGCAUUUAUAUGUUUUAAGAUGACCUUGGAUGUCUCUUUUGCACUUAGUUAGGACUAUGCAUUUACUUUCUCCACUGGUCUAGCGGGAACUACAAGAACCACCAACGAGCUCAGAGUAGCAACAUGUCGGCAUUUUAGCUAACAAAGCAAUUUCAAACAAUGCCGAGCAAGGAAGGGGAAGGCGAAGAUAAGCAUUCUCACGCUCAUGGGCUUCCUGUGCGUAACGCAAUCACAAAAGGGUGCGAAAUGAAACUGACUGUAAAUGGUUGUUACAGACUUUGCCUCCAGAUCGGUCACUCUUUUAAUCCUAAAUUAAGGGACGUGGGGAAGGGGAGACAAUAUUGCAUGAAAAACAUUAUCGUCGUUUGAAAAUAUGUAAUAUAUUCAAGUUUUGUGGAAACCAUUUCUUCUACUUCUGAGCGAUUUAUUAUUCCUGAUUUUCGCUUCUUUAUUUCUUUAAACUUGUUUGAUAAACCUCUUUUGGAAUUGAUAAUUAACCACGCUGCAGAAAACGAAAGAAUGACAGUAUAUCUAAAUAAACUGCUAAUUCUGGAAGAUGAGUGAAGUGAGACAAAAAGUGAAGCAGACAAUUAAAGAGACACUUCGUUGAGUCAGGUCUUCCUCGGGUUGUUCUUCAGACUUUCUAUCAACACUUACUCAUUUAUCCUAUCAACGUCACUCUUCCUUAGUAGGGACAGUUUUUGCCUUAUACUGUGAGUGAUAAAAAAAAGGAAAUUAUUUAUUUUUAUUUUUACCUCUUAGCGCAAAGUUAUUCAAAGAUUAAACUUACCGCGCAACACAGUUAGGCGACAAACAUCCAGCCUCUCUUAAUUGACAAAGACAAUUUGCAGGGAAAUUUGCUAUAAAAAAACCUUUCUUAAAUUUGGAGGGAACUUUUAGAGUUUAUUGAUGGAAUAACAUGACAGAAUUACCCGUUAAAAAGAAAUUUACAAAAAGUUAUAUUUAAUGCGACUCCUGGGAAGAAAUUAACAGCUCAUGUGACAGAAGAAGCAUGGAGUAUUCGCAUGUUAAAUAAGUGAACCGUAUUACUGAGAAAGUUUCAAUGAAAAGGUCUACGUGAUUGCAGCCUGGCAGGCGCUUUCAAGACAAAAAUAUCUCUCGUUACAUGCAGUUACGAGUAACCUGAAGAAAAAGCGAAGAAAGUGAUUAUUGAGUAACGAAAUUAAAUGAUGAAUAAUUUUUUUUUUGUUUUCGAUAAAUGCGCUCUACCUGAAUAAAAUGAUUGUUCGUCUGCGCGACGAAGGAUUGUCUAUCGCGCUAUAAAAUAUUAACAUUUGCAAAUGUUUUGUUCUUACCUCGUUUCGAUAAAUCAUAGCUGAGGCAAAAGAAAGGCUUUAAGAAAAAUGGUUCACCAUUUUUUUUGUACACAACUGACAGUAUUUCCGAGCAUUUCAAAAGAGUAAACGCGACUGAAAAAGUUUUCAUAUGAUUAUUCUGAAAAAAGUAAAGUUUAAGUGAUCAACGCUGGGCAGGUGCUCUCAAGACGAAAUAUUUCCUUUUGCGAUCAUACGUAUUCUGAAGAAAAAAACUAAACGACUGCAGAAUGAUAGCGGAAACAAAUCUAACCGAAGAUGGAGCACCCCUUCUUUGGUAAAUAGAUUUAAACCACAAUCCAUCUACUACUCAGCAGUUUAUGUUCUCCUCCCUUCAUAACCAGUCUUGGGAAUUCUCUUAUCUUUUUUGCCCUUCACAAGGAAUCUUCACUUCACCCGCCGUCCAAACUCUUGUAUCGUUGUCUGGCAACAACUGACCUGUUGGUUGGCAUUUUUAGCCAGUCUAUCAUGGCUACUUACUAUAUGUCCUUGGUUCACGAACACUGGAGUCUCUGUCAACACGCAAGGGACGCAGCCUACAUUAUGUGGAGUGUCUUUGUCAACGAUGACGGCCAUAAGCGUGGACAAGCUUCUAGCCCUGAUGUUGGGGCUGAGAUACAGACAUACUGUAACUUUGAAGCGCACAUAUCUCAUUGUAGCCAUCUUUUGGGUUUUCUCAAGUUUCGCCGGGUUGUUGUAUUUUUUAAAUUACCGCAUAACCUUAUGGCUUGGCCGUAUAGGCAUAUCACUAUAUUUGCUAACCUGAAUCAUCUUGUACACAAAGAUUUUUUGUACUCUCCGUCAUCAUCAGGCUGA